AAAAGGAGGAGGAAGAAGAGGAGGAAGGCAAAGAAGAAGAGGAGGUGGAGGAAGAAGAGGCUGCGGCCUGGCUCAGAGCUGAGAGAGGCCGGACGGAGGGACCGAGCGCCGCCGCCUCUGCCGCCCGAGAGAGCCCAGGCCCGCCCAGACAACAUGAGUGACCAGCAGCUGGAUUGUGCCUUGGAUUUGAUGAGGCGUCUGCCUCCCCAGCAGAUUGAGAAGAACCUCAGCGAUCUGAUCGAUUUGGUCCCAAGCCUCUGUGAAGAUCUUCUGUCUUCCGUUGACCAGCCUUUAAAGAUUGCUCGCGACAAAGUGGUGGGGAAAGACUACCUGCUGUGUGACUACAAUAGAGAUGGAGACUCAUACAGAUCACCCUGGAGUAACAAGUACGACCCCCCUCUGGAAGACGGUGCCAUGCCGUCCGCUCGCCUGCGCAAGCUGGAGGUGGAAGCAAACAAUGCCUUUGACCAGUACAGAGACUUGUAUUUUGAAGGAGGCGUUUCCUCUGUCUACCUCUGGGAUCUGGAUCACGGAUUUGCAGGCGUGAUUCUAAUUAAGAAAGCUGGCGACGGAUCAAAGAAGAUUAAGGGAUGCUGGGAUUCCAUCCACGUGGUGGAAGUUCAGGAGAAAUCCAGUGGUCGCACUGCCCAUUACAAGCUGACCUCCACAGUCAUGCUGUGGCUGCAGACGAACAAAACCGGUUCCGGCACAAUGAACCUUGGAGGCAGCCUCACUAGACAGAUGGAGAAAGACGAGACUGUGAGCGACUCCUCGCCCCACAUAGCCAACAUCGGCCGUUUGGUAGAGGAUAUGGAGAACAAAAUCAGAAGUACGCUGAACGAGAUCUAUUUUGAAACAAAGGACAUCGUCAAUGGGUUGAGGUCUGUGCAGACUUUGGCUGACAAAUCAAAGCAAGAAGCGCUUAAGAACGACCUGGUGGAGGCUUUGAAGAGGAAGCAGCAAAGUUAAAAACUCGUCCUCCUCGGGUGGCGAUGCUGACGGGAGACGCCAUGCACUCGUUAGAUUCCUUUUCCCUAGGAAACAUUUUUCCCCUCCCGCCCUCUGCCCGCUCACCAUUUUUUGUCACAUCAUGUCCCGCAUCUGAUACUCUUCCACCUGCGAGCGCCACCUCAAACACCCCCCCCCCAAUGAAUAAAGCUGUAUAAACUUU